GUCCAUUCACAUUCCCACAAUUCCAAGCGCGACCGGCAACAUCCGGUUGCGUAAGUUGUCUGUUUCGCGCGGUAACCGGAGUGCCGGAGACCUGCGCUGGGACCAAAACAAUGGCAUCGCCUGUGGAAACAAAGCUGGACAAGUUGAAGACUUUCAGAGACAUUUCUGCCCUGUCAAUGCACCAGCUGAACAAAGAAUGCAAAGCAAACAGUGUUAAAACACAAUUUUCAAAGACUGCAAAGAUAAACCUACUAUGCCUGGCACUGGGGAUCUCCACAUGUGGCCAGGACAAGCCUUAUUCCUUCAACCCACGGAUGGACAAUCAUGGCUUGACAAGCACUCAGCUUCAAGAGUACUCAAGACUGACCCCAGCGUACUUGGCAAGGACCGGUUCGUGGACAAAAGAACUACAGUGUUUACCCCCAGUUGACGAUUCGACAGUUAAGAGCUACCUCCUAAACAGCAAAGUCUUUGACAAAGAUCAGCACACCAAAUACAAGCUACAGAGACCAUUUCAAAUGAAAGACUUUGUUCAUUCCAUUAAGAUAAACCUUGACCCGUCCGAGACAUUCAUCGCAAUUGAAGCCCAGUGCAACUCAUCUCAGUCAGGUGCUACUGAGAAUGUGAAAGCCCUGUACAUCAUUUUGGACAAGAUAACCGGACAACCCUAUGGAGCGUACUGCACCUGCACAGUCGGUCUCUACCAGUCUUGUGCCCAUGUUGGUGCCACAUUAUUCCAACUGGCAGACCUUGUGUCCAUGGGCUUCACACAACUCCCGGACGAUCCAACCUGCACGGAGAAGCUGUGUGCUUGGACAGACCCUAAAUCGGCGAAAGUUGAGCCACAGCUUUAUAACGACAUAAAGUUCACCAAAACUGAGAGGAAUGUUCGAAGAACGGCGGACAACUUUGGACCAAAGGUUGCCACUGUCAAUGAAGAUGCCAGAGUCAAAGGGGUUUCUGUCCUCCGCCAGGGCCUCCUGAAUGCUACCCAACACAUGAACCAGCAUGUCGCGGCCACAAGUGUGCUAACCCCUGCAAACUUUGGUGGAAUUGUACGCCCUCCAGCCACACCAGUUCUGCCCGUCCACAUAACUACAGACUCUCCACUCCUUGUGCCAGCCAGGUUUGAAGCCACCCAUUCCCAACCUGCUCCCCUUGCUACUCAACCCAUCUCCAAACACAUGAAUGUCAGCGACUACAUCAAAUCGUGUAAAACAGAUGAAAAGGAAAGAAGGGAGGUGGAAGCAAUGACACGAGGACAGAACCAGAACCUCAAGUGGUAUGCCAUGAGGUCAGGUACUCUGACCACAACAAAAUUCUAUCGUGUUAGUAAACUAAUGCAAGGAGGAAAGGCAUCACCAAGUCGGCUUGUGAGUGACUGUAUGGGGGACAAAUACAAAAACCUGACAAAGCCACCACAGACAAACAUCAAAAGCCUGAAGUGGGGAAUAACCCAUGAGUCCGCAGCAAGAACAGCCUACUUCAACAUGGAAAAGACAAAACACAAGAACCUGACCAUCAAGGAGACCGGGCUUAUCAUGCACCCUACAAAAUCCUACCUCAGGGCCAGUCCGGACGGAAUUGUACUCUGUAAAUGUUGUCCACCAAGAAUCUUGGAAAUCAAGUGCCCCUACUCUGCAGCAAAUGAAAAGAUAAGGGGCAACCCAAAGAUCAAGUACAUUGAACAAGUGGACAAUACGUUGGUCUUAAAGGGGAGUGACUCAGGCUAUGUUGAACAAGUGCAGGGUUGCAUGGCAAUUACAAAUGUCUACAAGUGUGAUUUCGUGAUCUACACCGUGAAAGACAUCGUGGUCAUCCGUGUCGACUUCGACCAAGUUUUCUGGCGUCGCCUAGAACAACACCUCGACAGCUUCUUUGAGCAGUAUGUGGUGCCAGAACUGUUCCGGCGACAGGGGCAUCCGGAUGCUAUCUACUCUCUGGAUGACAGCUCGGAAGCAGAUAUUGAGGAAGAUGUCAAUGCCAACAUAACAAAGCCUGAGACACAGCCUGCCAGUGAUGAUGAAACAUCCCAGAAGAGGAAACUUGAUGAGGUCUCAAAGCACUGUAGUGAAAGCAAGACGAGGAAGACACAAGUUUCUGAUGACCUGCCAAAGCACUCCGACCAAACAGACGACACCGUUACCUAUUGUGUUGGACCCUGCAAACAAGCUCUCGCCGAGGCUGAGGACAUUCUGGACGACAAUUCGAAUGCUAGUGUAGGUUGCGAGUGUCCUUGUGAGUGUGAGGCUUGGUCAUGUUGGACAUGUGCAGGGUAUAAUGAAGACAUGGCAGAUAAUGACAUACUUUGGUACUGCGCAAAAUGUCUCAAAGAUUGUGGCAAAGGCUAAAUACAGUUCUAAACUAUAACGCAGCAACAACAUGCUGU